ACAGCAGCUUGUCAAAACUCAAACGUCUACAAGGGUAUAGAGGUCCACUGAAUAUAUUCGCUUUACGAACGGAACACUCAGAAGGCAAAGCAAAAUCAGCAUCAUUACUACGAGGCCUUAGGGUUUAUAUGUUUGUGCAUUUGUAGUUUUCUACACUUCAGUACUUCACCUAUUUCCAGUUACUUGUUGAGGAGGCAGUCACUUUGUAGAUAUUUUGUUCCACGGCGCGAUGGGAGAUGCAGAUUAUACCCUUCCAUCAUUGAAAAAGAGAAUGGCUGAAAGACAAAUAACUAAAGAGAAUCUUGGUCUAGAUGAUGAUGAAGAUACCUCUGGGCAAGACACUGGAACCUUUAAGAGAGCAAGUGAUGACGUUUUUGCAGGGAUUCGCCUUGUCCCUCCUACUGAUUUAAGUGCUGCUCCAGUUGCGGUUACUUCUGCAGACCAAAGUGUUAAAUCAGUUUCAGACGAUGUAGGGGAAAAGAUUGGUUUAAAUCAGGAAACUGAAAAGAUAAAAGAUGAAAAUGGUAAGAAAUCAGAAAGCAAGGUAGGGGGAGAAGGGACAGAAUUAACUGUUGAAGAUGGGAAAACUAAAGCCGGGGGGAAUGUUGAAGAUGAUAAGAAAGUGCAAAGCAGUGCUGGUGAGAUAGGGACUGAAUCAACUGUAGAAGAUGAGAGAACUGAAACUGAGGGGAAUGUUGAUGAUGAUAAGAAAAUGCAAACCAGUGUCAGUGAGCAAGAGACUGAACCCACGGUGUCCAAAGGGAAAGAUAAUACUCUUACUCCGACGAAACCUGAAUCAACUGGUGGGAAGAAAGAAGAAGUUGAAGAGUCUAAGAAUGAGGCUAAAAAGGAUGCUAAUAAUAACAGGAGUAAGAAUGAAGAAAGAAACAGCUGUGAAGGUGUUCAUGUGCGAAAUGAUGCUGCUUCACCAUUUAGCUCUUUCCAACAGCUUUCAAGUAGCCAAAAUGCUUUUACUGGGGUUGCAGGAAGUGGGUUUUCGAGCUCUACAUUUUCGUUCGGUCCAAUUUCUAAAGAUGGUUCUUCUGUUGAUUCUGGUUUUGGCAUAUCUGCCCUUUUUAGUGGUCUAGGUUCCUCCGUUAUUAACAGGGGUGAGAGCAAUGGAUUCAUGCAAGAGGUUACUGUUGAGACGGGGGAAGAAAAUGAGAAGGCUAUUUUCACCGCUGAUUCAGUGCUCUUUGAGUUUCUUGAUGGAGGGUGGAAGGAGCGAGGGAAGGGAGAAAUCAAAGUCAAUGUUUCCUCGGUCGGGACUGGAAAAGCUAGACUUGUUAUGAGAGCAAAAGGAAAUUAUAGGUUGAUCUUAAAUGCUAGUCUUUAUCCUGGCAUGAAGCUGACAGCUAUGGAGAAGAAGGGAGUAACUUUUGCAUGCAUGAAUAGUAAUGGUGAAGGAAAGAAGGAUGAACUUUCAACAUUUGCUUUGAAGUUUAAGGAUGCUUCUAUAGUUGAAGAGUUCCGAGAGGCGGUCACUGAACAAACAUGUAAGACUACUACUUGACUUAAGACUCCAGAAAAUUCCCUGUAGUGCACCAACUGAUGCGAAGGUGUGCUUAAAUGCAAAAAAAAAAAAAACUUUAAUUUAUUGACCUUGUAUCAUUUGUUAUUUUCUUGAGAAGAGGAAAUGACUAUGAGAGAAUUAUUCUGGACUGGCUAUUUGUAAGCCCUUCUGAAUCCAAUUCGUAGAGCAAAUUUGUUUUGCUGUUGGUUUUAAGGUAGACUUCAAAGAACACAUCAGUAUAAAGUCGGUUUGCAUAAUUUGCUGCCUGGGAGAUGUGAACUGAAGAAAAAUUAAGGUGUCCUAAAAUGUUGUCCAUGCGUAGAUUGAACGUUGGUCUGUUCUAAACAUUAAAAUGUUGCAUGUCAGAUAUAUAAUCGAACCUAUUAAGCUGUUGUAUGCUUUUUCUGCC